ACCAUGGAGAAGAUCCCGGCUCUGGGCCUGGGCACCUGGAAGGCAGCUCCGGGCGAGGUGACGGAGGCAGUGAAAGUGGCGAUAGACGCGGGGUUCCGGCACUUUGACUGCGCUUACUUGUACCACAACGAGAGUGAGGUCGGAGCCGGGAUCCAGUGCAAGAUCAAGGAGGGCGUGGUGACCCGGCAGGACCUGUUUGUCGUCAGUAAGCUCUGGUGCACCAGACAUGAGAAGUCCUUGGUGAAGGCGGCCUGCACCAAGAGUCUCAAGGCCUUGAAGCUGGAUUACCUGGACCUCUACCUCAUGCACUGGCCCAUGGGCUUCAAGGUACCGACCCCACGGUCCCUCGUCCACCCCCGCCUCUGCCCCUCCCAGCCCGGGGAGGAAGACCUGCCCCUGGACCGCAACGGCAUGGUGCUGCCCAGCGACACGGACUUCCUGGACACGUGGGAGGCGAUGGAGGACCUGGUGGUCACGGGGCUGGUGAGAGCCAUCGGGGUGUCAAACUUCAACCACCAGCAGCUCGAGAGGCUUUUGAAUAAACCCAACCUGAGGUUCAAGCCAGUGACGAACCAGGUCGAGUGCCACCCGUAUCUUACCCAGAAGAAUCUGAUCAACUUUUGCCAAUCCAGAGAUGUGACCGUGACAGCCUACCGGCCUCUCGGCGGUUCCAGUGAGGGGGUGGCCCUCCUGGAUGACCCCGUGAUUCAGAGGAUCGCACAGAAGUACAACAGGUCUCCCGCCCAGAUUGUGAUCCGAUUUCAGAUCCAGAGGAAUGUGAUCGUGAUCCCCAAAUCUGUCACCCCAACACGGAUCCGUGAGAAUAUCCAGGAAAGGGUGUUUGACUUUGAAUUAUCAGAAAGGGACAUGAACGACAUCCUCGACCUGGACAGGAAUUUCCGAAUGUGCACCUUGCCCACAGCUAAAAACCACAAGGACUAUCCUUUCAACAUAGAAUACUGA